UCUCUCUGCCCCUCCCCUGCUCAUGCUCUGUCUCUCUCUCCCUCAAAAAAUAAAUACACAUUAAAAUAUUAAAAAAAAAAGAAAGGGAACAUUUACUCUUAAAAUGCACAAAACAGAGGGGACACCAAUUUAUUCUAGCCCCAAAAGUGUGUCCAAAAAUCACUACCAAUAUCAAUCACUAUCAAAAAACUAUCACUGUCAGUACUAUCAAAUGUCAUCAAAUACUAUCAAUAUAUCGUUAUUUUCUGCUGAAGAAUGAGGGCUGUUUUGUAUUUAUUGCUUAAUUUACUUAAUGUUGAAAAGAAUAUGCUAUUACUGUAAACCUGAGAAAAAGACUGAAAUGCCUGCCCUUCCUCCAAUGCCAUCAAAUGAUGCUGUCUGGAAAAAUUUCCCAGCAGUUGUGUGGCUUAAAGAAACUCCCAUGGUCAUGUGACGGCAGAUACUUCUGGGGCUGGCUGAAUGCAGUGUUUCAUAAAGUGGAUUAUGAAUGCAUCAGGGAUGUGGGACCCGAUAGGGCAGCAUUGGAGUGGCUGCUGCACUGUAGGGCCAUGGUGCGCUACCACGGCCAGGAGACGUGGCAGAAGGACUGCAACCGCCUCCCCACAGGACCUCUGGACAAGUACAAGAUUCAGGCAAUUGAUGCCACUGACUCUUGUAUCAUGAGCAUUGGAUUUGAUUACAUGGAGGGCCUACACCAUGUUGAAAAAAUAAGGCUACGCAAGUGUCAUUAUAUCAAGGAUGACUAUUUGGAGAAACUUGGUAAACUUGAAAAUUUACAAAAGAGCGUAUUGGAAAUGGAAAUAAUUUCAUGUGGGAAUGUCACAGACAAAGGCAUCAUUGCUUUAUAUCACUCAAGAAACCUGAAAUAUUUAUUGUUAAGUGAUCUUCCUGGAGUAAGAAAAAAAGAAAACCUUAUCCGAGCCUUUAAGACAGCACUGCCUUCUCUGGAAGUAAAAUUAGACUUGAAGUAAAAUAAUCAUAUUCAAGAAGUAUCGUAUUUCAAUAUAAAGUAUCAUUUGAAAUUGUUGAUGCUAAACAUCAUAAAUACUCUAUAAUCAUCAACAGACCCUAAGGAUAUCCAAUCAUGACAUUUCAGAAGCAGAGUCCAUCAUGUAGAAAAUAAAUAUUCAGACAUGACUCACUGAAGUUACCAAGUUAGAAGUAAAAAUAUAUGUACAUUAAAUCCUUUUAGGAAAAAUGGAAACAAGGUAGCAAUUUAAUUCUAAUAUGUUCUUCAUUUUAUAUAGAAAUCAGUACAGUAUGUAGAUACUGACAGAGUUCUUUAAAGUGAUUUAAAUGUGCAACACAGAUAUUCUUUAUUGUAUUUUAUCAGUAAUUUAUGUUAAUGUUACAUUUUACUUUAAAGCUAUUGAAGCAUGUUACUAUAAAUGUAUAUUUAUGAAAAACUGAAAGCUAAGUUUCAGAUUCAUUGAUGAAUUAUGAAUGGCAAUCAUUGGUUGCUGAGGCAUCCAUAUUGCUUCCCAGGAUUUGCACUCAUUUCUCAUGACCCUACAUUCCUUUGUUCUUUAUAACCUACACCUUUCUCUGAACGAAUAGUUUCUGACUAAUUUGUCUAUUUUGUAAGCUUAGUCGGGUGUUUUAUUAAAACUAGACAUAAAUAUUUGGCUGAAUUCAAAUAGUUUUGCCAACUGCAGUAGAGCAAAGGAAAUAGUCAUGAAGAUCAUACUUUUUGCUUAAAUUAAAAUAUUGCUUUAAACCAAAAAUUUUGACAUGCCAAUUAGAAACUAAUUUAAAUUUCCCCAUAUAUGUUGGGUACUGCUUCCUAUGACUUCAAGGGACAUCAAAAAGAAGUAUAAACACAAAAUUCAAUUUAUAUCUAGAAAGCAGUGAUAAAGAAUAUCACAAA